CACAGGUGUCGUGAAAACUACCCCUAAAAGCAAAAAUGGGAAAGGAAAAGACUCAUAUCAACAUUGUUGUCAUUGGACACGUAGAUUUGGGCAAGUCCACCACUAUUGGUCAUCUGAUCUACAAAUGCGGUGGCAUCGACAAAAGAACCAUUGAAAAAUUUGAGAAGGGGGCUGCUGAGAUGGAAAAGGGCUCCUUCAAGUAUGCCUGGGUCUUGAAUAAGCUGAAAGCUGAGCGUGAACGUGGUAUCACCAUUGAUAUCUCCUUGUGGAAAUUUGAUACCAGCAAAUACUACAUGACUAUCAUUGAUGCCCCAGGACACAGAGACUUCAUCAAAAACAUGAUUACAGGGAUGUCUCUGGCUGAUUGUGCUGUCCUGAUUGUUGCUGCUGGUGUUGGUGAAUUUGAAGCUGGUAUCUCCAAGAAUAGGCAGACCCAAGAGCAUGCCCUCCUGUCUUGCACACUGGGUGUGAAACAACUAAUUGUUGGUGUUAACAAAAUGGAUUCCACUGAGCCACCCUACAGCCAGAAGAGAUAUGAGGAGAUCAUUAAGGAAGUCAGCACUUACAUUAAGAAAAUUGGCUACAACCCUGACACAGUAGCAUUUUUGCCAAUUUCUGGUUGGAAUAGUGACAACAUGCUGUAGCCAAGUGAUAACAUGCCUUAGUUCAAGAGAUGGAAAGUCACCCAUAAGGAUGGCAAUGCCAGUGGAACCAUGCUGCUUGAGGCUCUGGACUGCAUCCUACCACCAACUCAUCCAACUGACAAGCGUUUGUGCCUGCCUCUCC